AUGGCAGUGACCUUAAAAGGUUGUUACACCGUGAAGCCUACGGAGAAAACAUGGUGCGGACGCUUAGCUUUAUCCGAAUUGGAUCAAACAGAACAAGUAUCCCACGUUCCCAAAAUCUACUUCUACCACCCCCCAGAAAACUGCAAGUACCCCACCAUUGCUUCCACCUUGAGAGACUCACUGAGCCGAGUCCUGGUGCCGUUUUAUCCCCUAGCCGGUCGUUUACACUGGAUAAACAACGGUCGUUUAGAGCUCCAUUGCAACGCCUCGGGGGUUUCCUUCAUCGAAGCCGAAUCCUCAUCGAGUUUACAACAUCUCAGUGACGACUUUAACUUGUACCGCCUCCUUGCCCCCACCGUGGACUACACGCUCCCAAUUCACCAAAAUCCGUUGCUUCUGAUUCAGCUAACGAGGUUCUCCUGCGGCGGCAUCAGCAUCGGCCUCACGAUUUCACACGUGGUGGUGGACGGACCCAGCGCGUCGCACUUCAUUUGCGA